AAAAUUAUUAUGAAAGCAUACGGAGACAAUUGUGAGAUAACUGUUAGGUUGGUCUUGAUUAACACCUAUGGUAUAAAUACAAACUAAAUAUAUCAUGCAAAGAUAUAGACCGCUUUAGAACAUUACAUCCAGUGAUUUAAACAUACAGGGGAUUUUAUAGAAUAUAUUCGCAAUUAUCCUUUUUUUCCUGGAAUCGUUAAAUUGAAGCGAGAGUCUGCGAGACUUAAAAGCGCACCUUUCAGGAAGAGAGUUACACCAGGGAGGCGCGUGAUAGACGCGCGCGCGCUCACGCAUCGGUCACUUGUGUUGUGUCAAACACGUUCAAGUAUAGCAUUGCGCUUUUGCGAUUUCCCCAACAGGAACAGAAGUCAUAAACGGGAUUAUACUUAUUGAACUACUUGGGUUUCGUGGAAUAAGUGGCUUUAAACGUUUAAUCGACCUGACUACGUGUUGGUUUCCAUGUGAUGUUUGUGGCUUUAAGGAUGGCUUACAUUCAGUAUAUACCCACUGCUCAAGAACAAACAUCUAUUUUAUGUAGCAUACGACCUUAAAACAACACAAAUACAAAUUAAAAUCUUAACGUGCUAAAUGUUUUGACAAUAUUUGUUAAAAAAUGAUAAGGUAAACCAAAAGCCAAAUCCAAGGUUUCGUGUACAGAGAGAAUCAUGAUAUUGUGAAUCCAAAUUGUAACACUCUUCUGGGAGCUGGACAAGAGCCAUGGGCAAGGAGCAGGACCUUCUUCUGGCUGUGAAGAAUGGAGACCUUCCCUUGGCUCAUAAACUUCUGGCCAAGAUCAAGACCAACCGAAAUAAGUUACUGGGCUCCACAAAGAGGCUGAAUGUGAACUAUCAAGAUCAAGAUGGUUUUUCAGCUCUUCAUCAUGCAGCUCUCACUGGCACCACUGACCUCUUGUCUCUGCUGUUGGAGGCACAGGCCACUGUGGACAUUAAAGACAGUAACGGAAUGCGUCCAUUGCACUAUGCUGCCUGGCAGGGGAAGGCUGAGACUGUACUUAUGCUUCUGAGAGCUGGAGCUUCUGUGAAUGGGGCUUCACAAGAUGGACAGAUCCCUCUCCACCUGGCUGCACAGUAUGGGCACUAUGAGGUGUCUGAAAUGCUACUACAACACCAGUCAAACCCCUGUACUGUCAACAAGGUGAAGAAGACCCCUCUGGACCUGGCCUGCGAGUUUGGCAGACUCAGGGUGACCCAGCUGUUGUUGAGCAGUAACAUGGUGGUAGCUCUCUUAGAAGGGAACGGCAGGGAUAACACCCCCCUGCAUCUUGCUGCCCGCAACGGCCAUAAGGACAUUAUCAGACUGCUGCUAAAAGCUGGGAUUGACAUAAACAGAACCACUAAAUCCGGAACGGCUCUGCAUGAGGCUGCCCUCUACGGGAAAACAGAAGUAGUAAAAUUAUUGCUCGAAGCUGGGAUUGAUGUGAACAUCCGCAACACCUACAAUCAAACAGCCCUGGACAUUGUGAACCAGUUCACCACUUCACAUGCCAGCAAAGAAAUCAAACAACUCCUCAGAGACGCCAGUGGAGCAUUGCAGGUGAGAGCUUUAAAGGACUACUGGAAUCUCCAUGACCCCACCGCACUCAACAUCCGGGCAGGAGAUAUAAUCAUGGUCUUAGAACAGCACAUGGAUGGACGUUGGAAAGGUCACAUCCAUGACAGUCAGAGAGGCACUGACCGUGUAGGAUUCUUCCCGCCCUCCAUCGUAGAGGUCAUUAGCCGUAGAUCAGGGGGCGUUCUAUCCCGGCAGGCCUCACUGCCCAUCCAGAGACAUCACAUUCUGUCCCGAGCCCUGUCCUCACACAGUUCUCAUCACACCUCUCACACUGACGACUCCUACACCUUAUACUCAUCCACCCGUCCUGUACUGACUCACCACAACGGGCUGGAUCAGCACUCAGGUGUGCUUCCUGACAGUCCCAGUGCCUUGUGUAAGCCAGCUAGUCCCAAAGAGCCAGAGGAUAUUUGGGUCCUCAGGACCUCUCUCAAUGCAGGAGACAGGAACAGUGUGGGGAGUGCAGGCAGCAUGGGCAGCAGUCGCAGUGCUGGCAGUGGACAGAGCACCGAGGGAAACUUUCCACACAAUGGCCCCCAUCAGUCACCUUCUGCUGUCCAGGACACCACCAAGCUGCCUCCCUCUGCUGGAGAACUGGUGGAACAGUGCAGUCAGGCCCAUGACCCCGCAAAACAGACGGACCCUCAUUCAGGUGCUCUUGGACGGAGGAUUCCACUGAGCAGCUCCAGACCUGGAGAACAACAUGUCAUCCAUCCACCACUUCUGGAUGGCAAGGAUGCUGAGGCUAUUUACCAGUGGCUCUGUGAGUUUCAGCUUGAGCAGUACACAUCGAAUUUCCUCACUGCUGGUUAUGAUGUGCCCACAAUCAGCAGAAUGACCCCUGAGGAUCUCACUGCUAUUGGUGUUACAAAGCCUGGCCAUCGCAAGAAGAUCUCUAUGGAGAUCAGCAACUUGAAUAUCCCAGAGUGGUUGCCAGAUUACAUUCCAUCUGAUAUUGGGAAAUGGCUCAAUGCUAUUGGGCUGCCACAGUACCAGAAAAAGCUAGCAGAGAAUGGAUAUGACUCUAUCAGCAUAGUGCAGGAUAUCACAUGGGAGGAUCUACAGGAAAUUGGCAUCAUUAAGCUGGGCCAUCAGAAGAAGCUGAUGCUUGCUGUUAAGAAGCUCAGUGAUGUACAGAAGGCUCGUAAGAACCAGGCCGAGGGGCAGGCGAUGCUACAGCACAGGAGAGCUCCCCCCGCCCUCGAGCUGGUAGCCAUCGAGCACCACGACAGCUCCGACUGCCCCUCGUCCCCUCUAUCACCAAAGAUGCUCACCUUCCAGGACAGCGAGCUGAGUGUUGAGCUACAAAAUGCCAUGGCUCGGAGCGGAUACAGCGGAGGCCAAGAUGGUCUCAGCAACGUGAGUGGAACAGCCAUGCGUCUUAGUCAAGAAAGCAUUGGUACAAGGUCAGGAGGGUCAGGACGGUCUCAAGAACGCCCAAUGGCAUCGGUAACCCCUCACAGCCGCUCACAAGAGAGUCUGGGCAGUAUGGACAGCAGUCCCAGCAAGGAACAAUAUGCCAUUAUGGAAUCUCAGGAUAGAAGCCAAAUAUCACCUGUCAAAAUGGUGACGGUGUUGCCACAACCUAAUCACCCCUUAUCUGGCAGUCCCGCAAAGACGCCACCCACAAUCACUAGUAAAAUAGCACGCUUUGCAUACCCACCCGUCCUCACCAAACCCCGACCGGUGGUUUCUCCCUCUCAGCCCCAUCAUGGAUCACCUCAUCAGAGGGGCUUCAGCUAUCUGCAGCAUCAAAACUGCAAUCCCAACAUGAGAAGCCCAGGUCCAGUCAGACCCCAACAGCCAAACGGAGACACAUCAAGGUCCAAAAAGCGAACUCAAAGUCUUUCACGCUAUGCUAUGUCGGAUGGAGAGAAUGAUGAAGAUGACAUCUCAACCCCUACGACAUCUUCCGCCAAUGUGGCAUCUUAUGCCACGCUUACACGCAAACCCGGCCGCAGCCAACAGUCCUACGGCUCCAGCGAGCGUCAAGUGGGCCGCAGUCAUUCCUUCGCCAUACGUGCCAAGAGGAAAGGUCCUCCUCCUCCCCCUCCAAAGCGACUAAGCUCUGCCCCAAGUGGGGUAACUGCAAGCGGAGUCGAAACGGAGAGUGCAGGAAGUGUCCGAAGCAUUGCAGCCAGGCUGGAGAACAAUACAGGCAGCCCCAAUAAGACAUGCAACAGCCCCGUUUUUAAAGCCAUGUCGCCAGCCACCCCACCAAAAAAUAUGGGGAACCGUAGGAGGACCACUAGUGAAUCUUCAAUGUAUGAAACAAAGCAAGCCGGAGAAAAUCCUGCAGAUGAAAACACUGGCCCUCUGAGGAACCAACAAUGUGCAGGUUCAACAUCCUCACAGGAGAGUAUACCUUUCGCUGAAGAGGGCAAAGUUACCAUCAAACAAAGGACCAAAAUAGCACCUGCUAAGAUCGAGUCUGAGGCCGGUGUUGAAAUUCUGAAGCCGGCACAAUCUAUCAAAUCGUCCCUAGAGGUGCCUGAGUUUAACUUAAAGGAAUCAGACACGGUCAAAAGGAGACACAAGCCAAAAGAACUGCAGAUGACAGGUCAGGGCACCAGCAUGCAAAUAGGAAAUGAAAGGGCCACAGAGACUGAGAUGGUCUCACAACGCAUGCAGAAUGGUGGAUUGACACAAAAUCCUUAUAAAUCGGGCCUCACUCCGAAACCAGGAUUUCUACAUAAACCUCCCACCCCUUCUAAGCCCACACGCCAUUCUGCUGCAGCAACCUCAGGAGUGACAGUCAAUGUCGUACAGAACGUGGCCUUUGCCAUUUCACCUCCCUGCAGUCCUCCAGCUCACUGUCCUCCAAACAAAGCACCUCAAAGUCAGGUCGCGCUGGCAGGAAAGCCACAGGCUGUGACCGAAGGCCAGGACGUGUUGGUCCACAAACGACUUGAGCAAACCAGCACGUCUCUCGAGGCAGCACUCAAAGUUGUGGAGAGGAAGUUGGCUCAGGAAAAUCCAGCAGAAAGGGGCAUUAACACAGUGAAGUCAGCUGGGAACAUUCUUGAUGAUAUAGGGAACAUGUUCGAUGAUCUUGCUGACCAGCUGGAAGCCAUGUUGGAUUGACCUACUAUAAUUCCUAUAACCUUUGCGUGGGGCCUUCGCAUGCAAGCUUCUGGAUGUUGUAGACAAGCAACUUCUCACACUUUGUUUACAACACACUUUGGUGGACCUGCUUAUAAGUAUUGGUUUUAACAGUUGAAUUCAAUUAGCUAAUUUAAGAUACUAGUUGCAAUGGAUUACGGUGCAUCUGUUGGGUAGAUCCUGUCUCAGAUUUCCACAAAAGAUCCACUUGAGAACUUUCACACUCUUACCAAAUUGUUGCUUUCUGCAUCUUCGGUUUGCUCGGACAGGAUAUCUGCAGUGAAGAUUGCAGAAUGUAAGCACUUACUGUUCAGAUCUACUGUAUUAAAGUUCUUCCAACAGAGACACUUUAAUUUCCUGUUGUGCUCCGAUCAAGACUCACAGUUGGCCUCUAGCAAAUCGAUAUACGACGUAAAAUCUAAGUGGGAUACAACCUGAACUCUGUUUCAAGUGCUCUGAAAUUUCUCACUCUUCAACUUUGUUUUCUGUCGACUAGAGGAUCCUUUUAUUUGGUUUAAAAGUAAGCAAUUAUUCAACUGAUCAAAACAUAACCAAGAAAACUGCUCAGCGGACAUCAUCGUUGUGUAAUGACCCAAACCUCAUGGACCAAGUAUGUUUAGACUAUAAUGAAACUUUGUGUCCUGCCAACAGAUUCAGUGUUGUACAGUAUAUUUGUAGUUGCACUGUACAUGUAUGUUUCAACCUUUGCAGCAUAAUUCAACUAGAUCUUAAAAUGUUAAGAACAUGACUUUUCUUAACAUAUUAAUAGAGCAAUUGUAUAUUUUGACAACCAUCGUGUUUUGGGAAAGAGAAAACACUGUAUGGAUUACAUCUAUUAUAUAUUUUUGUACCAGAAUGAUAAUUUAUUUGUUUUGUCAGGUUAAAAAGGGACAGUCCCUCUUUGUGAAUGCUGUCACUCUGGUUUAAAUUGACAGGCAAAAAUAGAAACCGUUGCAAAGCACUACAUUUUUUUUUUUUUUGGCUCGGCUGACCAAAAGGGCACUUGCAUUUUAAUAAACUGGGGCCCAUGUGGUUAAAACACACAAAAACAUCACCAAACUAUAGGACAAGAAGUGUUCAAAUGGAGCUUUAAAGUCUUUUUUUUUACUCUUGUGCACUUUUAUCACAUUUAUGUAGUGUAUGCACUAUGUAUCUUUUAUUGUAUGAAUUUAUUUCUGCAUGUACUGUACACUGGUAAGACAAACAGUACUUGACUGAAAGAGACUUUCUCUAACUGUUUGAUGUAAACUGCAUUGUUCAAAAGAAUUGUAUAUGUAAUAACUGAGAGAAGACCAGACCAUUCUGUUCUUGCAUGCUUUUUUCAAAGUAACAAUCUGGAAUUAUAGAUUUUGUAUUAUGUGGCGUAAUUAUAUUUUAAAGGACUAUGAAAACAGCACUGCUGGUGCAACAGUAUCAUUUAUAUGAGCACUGUGUACUUUAUAUCCUAGGUUCAUUCCUUUCUGCAGUGCUUUGUAUGGCAUUGCUCUGUUAAAAACUAGACACAUGGUUCACUGCUUUACUCGAGUGGGGCAACCAUACAGUAAGUAUAAAUAAGCCUCUAAUUCAUCCAUUUGAACUACUUGAAGUAUUAAUGUUUAAUAAAAUAAAAUCGUCAAGAGAUCAAUCCUUGAA